UCAUCAACGGGAUUUGACUGACAAAUCGUUCCAAUAUAAGAGAGUCGUGUAGUGCACGCGUACAAAUAUUGUGUUGUUGAGAAUCGUGUAUAAUUAUCAAAAUACUCAUUACAGUGCGUUGUGUAGUCAAAGUAUUAAAAAACCCCCCGUACAAACGUAAUUUAUAUCAUUUAUAACUAGCGGCUACUUAUGGGCUGCUACUGUGCGACGGGUGCAGCGGCAGUCGCGAAGCAAAUUCAGAGGAGAGAAAGAGAUUUACAACGAGCGUAUCAUAUGUAUACCUAUACAUAUAUACAGUAUAUAUAGUGGAGUAUACGAUCUCUCUUUUCGCGCAGUGUCUUAUCUCUGCUCGGUAAUCCGAGGCCAACGGCCACCGUUUGCAGUAUACACACGUAUACGCACACCGACACAGACACGGAGACAAACGCGUGUGCACACUGCCGCUCACACAUGUACAUGCAACGGCUACUUGCAUUUACAUAAGGUGUUGCUGCGUUUUAUAAAAGGUGUAUAUGUACUCAGCGGAGCUUUUGGAAGGGCAGCUGUGCCAGGGCUGGCGUAUAUCCUAUCGCUAGUUCCGCGAGCGUCUACCGUAUAACCUCUCCCCAGGGGGUUCUUUCUCUCAAAGUUGACACAGACACACAUACUUGUAUGCUACGCGCGCAUUAUAUAUACGUACACACAGUUCCGUCGUCUAUACAAUACGAACGUACUAUAUACAUGCUUUCAUUUUUGUCCUGUUCUUUUAUAUACGCGUUGGCACAAAAGAAAAGUCGACUUGCUGCCGCUGCCUUGUCUGUAUGAGCCUUAAUCGAGGACAUCCUAUGCACGUCUUCUUUCAGAUUCAUCGUCCAAAGUGUACCUGAUUUAUCAUAAAACACAAGAUCAUAAAAGCGUAUCGAGUGUAUGCGUAACAAAGAGAGCAAGAAAGAGCAAGAGCAGAAAUUAACGGCACCGGUCAUUCAUCGUUUUACUUGCCAACAGCAAGAAAACCCAGUGCGAUCAGCAUCAAGCCAACCGUUUUUGAACGUGCAACCUAUAUCUAGUGCCUAAUAGUUUUCCGUCCGGCUAACAAGUAUAUUUUUUAUGUAUACGGAUAAAUAAGAGUGUCCCUGUGCGCGGGUGCAUUUGUGCUGAAAAAGUUUAAUCCUGUGCCCAAUUGUGCCUAAUUACGUUUGAUUGUCAAAAUAAAGCGUCGACUCCGGCCUUUUUAUACGACGACGACGACAACGACGUUUGAGAAUACACAUUGCAACCAGUGCCGAUGGUGUCUUGCCUUCUUAAUCGAAGGCAUCGAUUCAAAUUCAUCUCUGCCAAGUUCCUAAUUACUUUAUUUAUAUCAUGAAUGUAAUCAAAGUAUCCAUGAGACGGUGUCCCAAAGGUGGAUAACUCGUCUGCGUUUACUGGAAAUGAUAGAUAGUGUUUCUCGACGUGCUCUGAGUGGCUCCUGUGGGAGCUACCACGUUCGCAGUGCAGAACUGGCGCGCGAUAAGAAACAUAAAACCCUUUCCGCCACUGUUGUCUUUUUGGAUGAUACUCAGCAUUCAUUUCAAUUAGAUAAAAAGGCGAAAGGGCAAGCUCUCUUAGAUUUAGUAUUUCAACAUUUAGAAUUAGUAGAAAAAGACUAUUUUGGUUUACAAUAUGCUGAGAAUAGUUCAAUGUCCUCAACUCCAACAUCGGAUGUAAUGAGAUGGCUUGAUGUAUCUAAAUUAGUUAAAAAACAAUUGAGAAGUAAAGGAGGACAAUUCUUUUUCCGGGUGAAGUUUUAUGUUUCUGAUCCAAGUAAAUUACAAGAAGAGUAUACUAGGUAUCAAUUUUAUUUACAAAUCAGAAGGGAUAUAUUGCAAGGAAAGCUUCAACUUCCUCCUGCCACUGCUUGCCUAAUAGCUAGUUAUACGGUUCAAUCUGAAAUCGGGGAUUAUAAUCCAGAAGAACAUGGCAUUGGAUAUAUAUCACGUUUACAAUUACUUCCAAAUCAGACCGAAGAAAUGGAAAGAAAAAUAUGUGAACUUCAUAAAUUACAUAAAGGUCAAUUACCAUCCGAUGCCGAAUUUAAUUUUCUAGAUCACGCUAAACGCCUUGAUAUGUAUGGAGUUGAGCUACAUAAAGCUAGGGAUUCAAAUAACAAAGAAAUUUACUUAGGAGUAACGUCAGUAGGAUUAGUAGUCUUCCAAAAUAAUAUAAGGAUAAAUGUCUUCUCUUGGGUGAAGAUAGUUAAGAUCUCUUUUAAACGUAAACAAUUUCUCAUUCAAUUGAGAAGAGAACAGUCGGAGAAUUUUGACACUUUGUUGGGUUUUAACAUGCAAACAUACCGUAGUUCUAAGAGUUUGUGGAAAUCAUGCGUCGAACAUCACACAUUCUUUAGAUUACACAGUCCAAAAAUGCGAUCGCGGCGAUUUCCACUGGCGCUUAGCAGUCGAUUCACCUACUCAGGUCGUACGGAAUUUCAAACAGUCGAAGAUGGAAAACAUCGAUCUAGAGUAGAACGAACAUUCAUAAGAUCACCUAGUAAAAAAUUACUUCAAGGAAUCUUGCCAUCUUUGUCGGAAGAUAAAGGUAAGAUUUCUGGAAAAUCUUCAAGAUCUAGCGAUAAUAAGGUACAAUUAUCUGGUUCUUGUAAACCUCGAUCUGCUUGGGUUGAAGGAAAUCAAAGUGAUGACGAAGGUGGUUUUCUGACUCUUCGCGAGGACGUGACAGGAAAUUCGCACGCCCCGAGUACAGGUGCUUUUUCGCCUGUACUAGGUAACCGAGUUAUAACUUACGCAGACGAAGAUCCAAGCGUUGAACGAAAUGUUUAUGAUGUGCCGGAAUUUAACGAAUCAACCGGCACACCGGCCCCACUGCCAAAAUUUCAUGUGUUAGAUGAAAGUCUUGUCACUAUCAGAUUAAAUCCUGACGAUCAGGGUCGAUUUGGUUUUAACGUGAAGGGUGGAUUAGAUCUUGAUAUGCCAAUAUUGGUAUCACGUGUGGCUGCAAAUACACCAGCUGAUCGUUGCUUUCCUAAACUAAAUGAGGGUGACCAAGUAAUUUUAAUCAAUGGCAUUGAUGUCAAUGGCAUGCUUCAUGAGCAUGUUGUCAAUUUAAUCAGACAGUCAAGAGACUCUGGAAAUGGCGAACUCACGCUUACGGUAAAACCUAAUGCUUUAUACAACGUUAUUGCUGGUCCGGAUGAGCAAAAUGUUGAAAAAGAAUCGCCAUUCAUAUAUGUACCUGAAGUACCAACUCAAGCAGUAGUUGGUUCGGAUGCGUUAUCACAGUCGAUGUUACUUAUUAAAGAAGGCCUUACCAGUGGAGUAGUUGUCAGUCGUUACGAAUCUCUUUAUCGUAAAAACCUUGAAUUAACAUCCCUCGAAUCUAAGAAACCUGAAAAUAUUAUUAAAAAUCGAUACCGAGAUAUAUCUCCUUAUGAUGUCACCAGAGUCGUAUUAAUGGGCAGUGUGGAUGGUGACUACAUAAACGCAAAUUAUGUAAACAUGGAGAUUCCUGGCUCUGGCAUAAUCAAUCGCUAUAUUGCCACUCAAGGUCCCCUUCCUCACACGGUCAUGGACUUCUGGCAGAUGGUACUAGAAGCUGGUAGUACUCUAGUCGUCAUGUUAACAACUUUGGCAGAAAGAGGUCGAGUGAAAUGUCAUCAGUAUUGGCCGGAUCUUAAUGAUUCUUUAACGAUAAAAAAUUUAAUCGUCAAGUGUCGAUCAGAGACGAUCGAAGAUACUUUUAUCUUCCGGGAAUUCGUGCUGAUUGAUACUAACACGAACGAAGAGCGCGACAUAACACAUAUGCAGUAUUGCGCCUGGCCGGAUCACGGAGUUCCCAGCGACUGGAGACAAUUCGUACUAUUCACGGAACGGGUUCGAGCUGCGCGCUGUGGCAGCGUCGAGCCUGCAGUGGUUCAUUGUUCUGCUGGUAUUGGACGUACCGGCGUACUUGUACUCAUGGAGACAGCUCUGUGUCUCAUUGAAGCCAAUCAGCCUGUCUACCCUCUCGAAAUCGUUCGCUCAAUGCGGGAUCAACGGGCCAUGAUGAUUCAAAAUGCUAGUCAAUACAAGUUUGUCUGUGAAGCUGUUCACAAUGCAUACACUGAGGGUAUAGUCAAACCCCUUCCUGAAUUCAAUAGAUGAAAUGAGAAUAUAAGUAGAAAGUGAUAGCCUUUACGAAGACAAAGCGUAAAUCAUUCAUCUUUUCCAAUUAGUAUGUAGGGUGAAUAAUACAUCAGUGUAAAAAAAGCAACUCAUCAUUUUACAUUCUUCGACAAUAAUGUUGUAUCGGUUCAUUGUAAUAGAAAUUUAUUAUAAAAUAUUGUAGAAAAAUUAAGCUUAAAUUAAGUAACGUAGCUUAAAGUAUGUUUCGAUUAUGCAUGAUGCGUAAUAACUGAUCAGUUAUUUCUAUAAAGAACGUAAUUUAUCACAAAUUUCUUAAUUUGGGAAUUUCAAAAAAAUAGUACAUGAUUCUGAUAGCUUACUGAUCACCGUGAUAUAUGUAUAGUGUCUGAUCAAACAUAGAUUCUUAGAUAAACUUAAUAUUUUAAAAUUUUAUUUGAUGGUUAUAAAUGACUUUGUGCAAAGUAUGAAUGAUCGAUCAAUUAAAAUAAUUUCUCAUUUUAUAAAGUUACUUGCAGGGUGAUAAAUAUGCAAUACUUCUAAUUUUUACAGAAGAAUUGGUAAUCAUUUACUUGAUCUCUAACAGUUGUCUGUUUUAGUCUAUUUUAAUUCAAUUUUUAUGACAUAAUUUGUUUUUAUCAAUAGUUUAUUCAUGUUAAGAUCAUGAUGCAAAAACAAAUAUAAUCUUAAAGAUUAAAAAUCUAACAAAAAAGCCAUUAAUUUCUUUAUGGAUUUUUCAUGUAGAAAAUUCUUACCCUUUGUUUAAAUAAUUUUCCUGGAAAAUCUUUACUGUCGUCAGUUGGAAAUUAAAUUUCUUUUUUUUGGAUAAGCUGGUUUUUAAUCAUUCUACAACUAUAAGCUUUUACAAAUUCAAACUAAUAAAUUCAUAAUUCUAAUAAAUUGAUUAUCAGGCCGAAGUCAUGAAAAUCAGAAAAGCUCUGGGGUACGUGUAAUUACUGGUCGAGGCGAAGCUGACGGCAGUUAAUAUACUAAUCUUUUAAUCGAUCGGUUAAUAUAUGUAAGGGCUUAUAAAAUUUAACUUUAUCCAGUCAUUGAUAAUGUACUGCUUGCUUUUUUAUAUAAACAAGUUGGGUUAGAACUUACAUUUUAGAAUUAAUCAUGUUCUAAUUAUCGUAAAAACCUCAACGAAUGUAAGUUUUUGAGACUUAGUAGUUCAUUUUAUUAAUUUCAGAAAGUUGAAAAUUUAGUAAAUGCUUAUUUACACAAUGAUUCAUUCGAAAUUUGGUAGAUAACAUUUAGUACAAAGACCAGAGAAAGCCUUAAUUGUUAAAGAUGUACAACGAUAUCUCACGUUGAAGAUAGAGAUUAUUAACGUUACCGUAUGUAGGAGUAUUGCUUGAAAAAAUUUUGAAAGUAAUUAUCGGAUAUAAUAUUUAAAAAUUGUUCUUAUUGUCAUUUAGAUGUAAUGUAUUUUACAUAAAUAAACGAUUUCUUAGGAAUCGCUCACUAUAAUUUAUUAAAUGGUCAUAAUGAAAACUGAAAUUUAAUGCAAUAGGUAGUUGUCUAGUCUUGAAAAAAAGAAACUUGUACUUUUGGAAUGAAUAAAUGGAGAUUUUUUAAUAA